GUUUCACACACAUAAACUUUGUCUGGGAAGUGAAGAGGGAAAAGAAGCUGCAACCUGCGAGGGCUCAUCCACAUACGGAGCCGGACUGUACCCCCUCACCAUGUGCCACUUGUGGGGUGACCCCCCCUCCAUUGUGCUGGUGCCUGUAGGAUGACGGAGCCGGAGCCCCGCAGAGGAGCAGGUGCAUUGUGCUGAGGACGGAGACAUUAGAGGCGGCUACAGGAGGGAUCCCGGGGAUCUGCUGCCCCCACAACCUGCAGGCCGGAGCUGCACUGAUGUCUGACCGUCCUCUGCCAUCCGGGGAUCAUGGGUAAUUCUGUCAGCCGGCCCAGCUGCCUGGGGGACAAGAACCACAAGUCUCAGCGUUUCCUGAAGGAAUGCUGCAUGAAGAAGGAAUCCAUCAUCGACAUCCAGAGCGUGAGGAAUAACGUAGAGGCCGGCGCCGCGUCCGCGGACAAGAAGAACGAGCUGGUGAUCGACAAGGAACUAAACGCGGCCCAGACCGCCAAAGAUCCAUUGCCCAAACAGAACAAUGCGGACGCCAACGUCCCCCCGGCCCAGAAGGAGACCCCUAGGUCCACGCCGGAUCACAGCUGCAAUGUGUGGACCCCGCAGAGGGGAACCCUACAGAGGGCCUCCGGGGGCAGCUGGUCAUGGAAGCCGCCGCUCGCCACCAGGGAGGUGACAGAAGUGACGGAGGUGACGGAGACCGUGGUGACCGAGAUUGUGGAGGUAACGCAGUAUCCGAGCGGAGACAAGAGCGGAGAACCCAUCAUCACCAGGACGGUGAAAGUGCUGACCGAGUGCGCCGGAGAGCUGGCUGAGGUCCAGACGAGUCGCGAGGCCCAGACGGAAUCUCAGUAUCAAAUGGGAAAAUGGGACGCGUACAGCAAGACGGUUUCCCAGCAUGCCCUGGCACUACCAGAACCACCCGAGAGCCAGGAGACUGUCCUCAGCUGGGUGUCCGAAAUGGAGGAUCUGAUGGAGGCCCAAAAGCCGCCCUCCUCAGAGGCCAAGGUGGUGAAGGCUCAGCUCCAGGAACAGAAGCUUCUUCAGAGGUUGUUGCUGGAGAGAAAGUCUCGUAUUGAGCGAGUGUUAAAGGGUAAGAAGUCGCCAUCACAGCCGCUGCCCAUAGAGGGCGCAGAGAGGACGGGACAGAGGAGGGACCCCCUGAUGGAGCUGCGGGAUCGGUGGGACACUUUACUGCGGAGGGCAAAGGAAAGGCACUGCCAGCUGGAGCAGAUCACCCCCGCAGCUCAGAACUUCCAGGAGGCUCUGGACGUCUUCCAUGACUGGGUGAGCAGCACUGAGAGGCGACUGACCGAACUCUGGAGAACCAACCGGUCCAUGAACCAGAUCAAAGACUGCCACAAAGAAGUACAGGACCUUUGUAAGGAAAUUCAGAGCAAGCCUGGAGACAUAGACGAGAUCCUGGAGAAGGGUCAGGUGAUCCUGGAGCUGGUGUCAGGGGAGGAGGCUCAGCUCUGCCAGGAGAAGAUGGACGCCUUACGGGUGCGCUACAUCAUUAUAGCCCAGAGCGCAGGCGACAUCCUGCAAAGGCUGGAGCAGACUAUAGAGGCCACUACCCACCUGGACCCGUCCCAGGAAGAUGUCUCCCUCUGGUUGGGACGGAUGGAGAAGCUGGUGACCUCUGUAAAUACUGAAGGGGAGAGGAGACUCAAUGCCAGCGACAUCGAAAAGUUGGAGCAGGUGAUCAGGUCGGAGCUCACUCACCUGAGUGUUACGGAAAGGCAUCUUGCAGAGGUCACUAGGGUCACGCUAGACGCAGACACCAUACAGUCCCAAAUGAGGGAGCACAAGCUGCUGGUGGUGGAUGUUCUGCAGCAUCAGGGGAUCAUGGAGAGGCUGCUGUGCAUCUCAGAUGUCCUAAUGACUCUAUGUCCUGAGCGUACUCAGGAGCAACUGCAGGGAUCCUUAGCCUCUCUUAAAGAGAUGUCCCCCCGGAUAGCCGCCCAGGUAACCAGCUCCCCCCCGGCCCUGGAGCAUGCCCUCACCCUGCUGGGGCAGUUCACAGAGGCAGAGGAUGAGCUGCUGCCCUGGAUGCAGGAGACGGAAGCAGAAUUACCCCGACUGUCUGCAAACUACGGCAACUACAGCGACAUCAGAGAGCAACAGCAGCAGCUGCAGGCGCUGAGAGAAGUGGUCGCGGAGCACAAGCCCCUGGUCACCAAGCUGCACCGUGUGUCCUGCAAGUUGUCGGAGCUGUGCCCGGAGGAGGGCGCUGCCUUUCAGAGACGCUUUGAGGCAGCAGAGAAACAAUACUGCUCCAUCCGGGAGGCUGUGCGCCAAACUGCUGCUGUCCUGGAGGAUACUGUCCCCAGAUACAGUCAGGUGAAUGAGAGGAUCCGAGUGAUGAGUGACAACUUGGAGAGGCUGGAUGAGCGGAUGCAGAGCGUCUCCUGUGUUCGUGGGGAAACCUCCCGGAUCCAGGAGCAGCUCAGAGAGAGCGGCCAAGUGCAGGCCGAGCUGGAGAAGCUAGGAAUGGCUCUGGAGAACGUCAGCAAGCAGGCGGCAGAGCUCACGAGCAGCCUCCCUGACCAGACAGAGGAGCCACAAGGUACCCAAGGAAUCAUGCAGCGCAUGGAAGAACUACAGGCCCGGUGGCAGCAGUUGUGUGGACGGGCGGAGGACCGGGACAUCUGGCUCUCUGGGCUUCUAAUCUUGGCCGAACGUUUCUGGAACGGACUCUCAGAUUUGGCUGUGACCCUCGGUGACACCCAGCAGAUGGUUCUGGACACAGAGGAGCCGGCCUCUGACCCCGAUUCCAUCAGGACCCGACUGGAUGCCAUGCAGGCUCUGCGGGAGGACAUUGACAACCUGCAGAAUGACCUGGACACGUUGGGGUCGGUGGGGGUGGAGCUUAUGUCAUCCUGCGGGGACAUGGACAAACCUGACGUGACCAAGAGCCUGGAUGAGCUCUACAGCACUUGGAACAGUCUGAACAAGCUCUGGGGCGAGCGUUACACCCGUCUGGAGGAGCAGCUAAAGGGGACGCUCCACUACCAGGAGACAGUCCAGCGCCUCCAGGACUGGCUGAUCUGCGUAGAGUCUCGACUGUCUGAAGAGUUCCUGGUGGGAGGAGACCUGAACAUGGUGAAGAGACAGCUUGCCGAGCUGAAGGAGUUUAAGAGAGAACUCUACCAACACCGGGUAGAGCUAGAGAGCAUCGGGCGCCAGAACCUGGACAAGCAGGGCGACUGUCAGCUAAGCGACUUCAGAGAACGCUGGGACCGGCUGGAGGGGGAGGCCGUGAACCGUCAGCACCAGCUGGAAGACGCUCUGAUGGGUCUUGGCCAGUUCCAGAACCAACUGGAGGAGCUCCUGAACUGGUUGUCGCACACAGCAGAGCAGCUACAGGGACCGCGCCCACCCUGUACCGACCUGCAGAGCUGUGAGAUCGAGCUGGCGAAACACAAGGUCCUGAGGAAUGACGUGUUGUCUCACACCCACACCGUGGAGUCUGUGGACGAGGCUGGAUGCGGGAUCCUGCUCUCCUCUCCCGGUGACGGGAUGGACUCUCUUCAGACGCAAUUGAGAGAACUGACAAAGCGCUGGGAGUUUGUGCAGAGCGAGACGGAGCGGCGCCAGCUGGAGCUGGAGAACGACCUGAGCAGGGUGCAGGAUGUGACUCUGGAGAUCACGGACCUUCUGCAGUGGUUGGAGCAGCUGGAGGUGCAAUUGUCCUUCUCCAAACCCAUCUGGGGGCGUCCGGAAUCCACAAGAGACGCUCUGACCAAACACCUGGACCUCUGUAAGGAGAUGGAGUCUAAGCAGCACACCUAUAAUAGUGUUAGGGACGGCCUCCAGCGUCUUCUGGCCUCCUGUCCCCACCCACGAGGUUCAAGUGUUGAGCAUCAACUCCGAAUCCUGGAGCAGAAAUGGGAGAGCGCGUACACCAAGGUGCAGGAGCGGAAGGUUUGUCUGUCGGAGGGCCUGGCCGUCAUCACAGAGUUCCACAGCACAAUGCAGGAAGUGUCCCAGUGGAUCGGGCAGGCAGAGGGACGUCUGAACACCGCCGGACCCCCCAGCAUCAUCCUGGAGACCAUCACCAACCAGAUCCAGGAGCACAAGGGUUUGCUGCAGGAGAUUGAGUCGUAUGAUAGGAAGCUGUGUGAUCUGGAGUCUGUGUGUUCUCGGCUGAAGGACGUGACUCGUAAGCAGGAGAAUGACCUGACCCAGAGCUUGGUGCAGAGCGCCCGGGAGAGGGUGGGCAAGGUGCAGGAGCGGGCGGCCGAGAGGGGCCGCAGCCUGGAGGAGUCCCGGAGACAAGCCAAGCAGUACAGUGAGUCUCGGCAGAAGCUUCUGGAAUGGCUGGAGGAGGUGGAUCGGGCUCUAGAGUCACAACAGAUCGACACCAGCGUCAGCCAGGAGCACAUCAAACAGCAGCUGAGCAAACACAAGGUCUUCCAGAAGGUCCUGCGGUCUAAACGUCCCAUAUAUGAGGCGACUCUGAGGAGCGGCCGCGCUCUGCGGGAGAAGAUCCGUCUGCCGGAGGACGAGCAGCAGAUGGACGAGUCACUGGGGCAGCUGAGGGAGCGAUGGGGGCAUGUCUGCUCCCGAUCCACUGAGAGGCAGCAGAAGCUGGAGGAGUCUCUACUGUUCUCCGGGAAGUUCACAGACGCUCUCCAGGCGCUGAUGGAUUGGCUGUACAGAGCGGAGCCGCAGCUCUCAGAGGAGACACCACUAGGGGGAGACAGAGAUCUGGUCAGUGACCUGCUGGAUAAACACAAGGCUUUCCAGAAGGAGCUGGGGAAGAGAGCGGGAUCCAUGAAGACCCUGAAGCACUCGGUGCGAGACCUGAGCCGGGGCGGAGUGGGGACGGAUUCACACUGGCUGCAGAGACAGAUGGAAGAGCUGGGUCACCGCUGGGACCUGGUGUGUACCCUGUCCGUCAGCAAGCAGGGGAGGCUGGAGGCGUCUCUACGACAGGCGGUGGAGUUCCACUCUCUGGUCAGUUCUUUCUUGGAUGGUCUCACGGAGUCUGAGCGGACGCUGAGAUGCGGGGUGAUUCCAGAGGAGGAGCAGGCACUGCAGGAGUGUCAGGCGCAGCAGCAGGAGCUGAUGAAGACCCUGCAGUGUCAGCAGAUGGCGCUGGAGUGUAUUGUGUCCCUGGGGCAGGAGAUUCUGUCUGCCUGUCACCCCGACUCCAUCAUCACCAUCAAGUCCUGGCUGACGAUCAGCAAGACCCGCUACCAGGAGGUGAUGUUCUGGGCCCGCCAGCAGGGGGAGCGCAUCCAGACUCAGAUUCAGGCUCUGGCCACUGAGCGGGAGGAGGUUGCACGACUAAUGGACUGGAUCACAGCAGCAGAGGAAGCGCUCAGCCUGCGGGACCAAGAGCCCCUCCCAGAAGAGAUGGCGGCCCUAGAGGAAGUCAUCGCGCAGCACACGGUGUUUAUGGAGGAGCUGAGCCGGAAGGAGCCGGAGGUGGAGAAAGUGACCAAGAAUUGUAAGCGCAAAGUCAUCGAACCCAGAGCUACGACCGCCCGGAAAGCGUCAGCAAAAAGACAAAACUCUGUGAAGCCUCUUCAGACCGGCCCCUCCAUCCCUCUCCAAGAACUGGCCCCCCGGACCCCGCACAUGGCGCAGCUCCUGAACCGCUGGCAGCAGCUCUGGUUCCUGGCCUUAGACCGUCAGUGUCGUCUUCAGAACGCCCUUCAGCGGCUGCAUGAGUUGCAGGAGUUUGCCCACUUUGACUUUGCGGUGUGGCGGAAGCGAUACAUGCAGUGGAUCGGGCAGAUGAAAUCCCGUAUUCUGGACGUCUUCCGAGGAAUCGAUCGGGAUCAGGACGGGAGGAUCAGCCAGCGAGAGUUCAUGGAGAGUGUCCUGUCCUCCAGAUUCCCUACGAACUCCCUGGAGAUGACGGCCGUCGCUAACAUCUUUGACAUUAAUGGAGAUGGCUUCAUUGACUACUAUGAGUUUGUCAGCGCCCUGCACCCCAGCAGAGACCCCCUAAGGAGAACUGCAGACGCGGACAGAAUUCAGGACGAGGUCAAUAGACAGGUGGCUCAGUGUAAUUGUGCAAAGCGAUUUCAGGUGGAGCAGAUCAGCGCCAACCGAUACCGGUUUGGGGAGUCUCAGCAGCUGCGCAUGGUCCGGAUUCUGCGGAGUACCCUCAUGGUGCGGGUGGGAGGCGGCUGGAUCGCUCUGGAUGAAUUCCUGGUGAAGAACGACCCGUGCAGAGUUAAAGGCCGAACCAAUGUGAAAAUCAAUGAGAAGUAUCUGAGCUCCGAUCCCUUCUCCUCGUCCACCUCAGCCGCACCGGGAGCCAGGCAAAGCCAAAGGCCUAUCACCAAGCCACUCCAACUCCAGUCUGAGCCUGUACACCAGCGCAUCCGCCCCCAACAGCCCCCAGACCCGGAAGACUGUCCUUCGCAGGACGCGCUCUGGGGAUCGGUGUCACAGGUCCAGGUCAUCGCUGAUCACAGAUGGACAGAUCUAAACUUCUCUGCAGCAGAAGACAGCGCCAACUCCACCUCAACCGAUAAGACGGACACCCCCCCCACCUGACCUCACGUCUCUGCCGUCCCCCAAUGAUGUUGCAGGAAAUCUCUGGCUGGCCCCUAAUAUGCAGAGUAACGCUUCAGGCUUCUGCUGGAUGACCGGCCAUCGGGGGCGAUCAUGACGAGUGCCCAGGACGACGUGAAUGUUGGGGAUUUGGAAUAUUUUGUGAGAGGGGAGACUGUGGCUGUGAGAUGUUCGCCAUGUUUCCAGUGAUAACCAUACUGCUGAUUACCCACAAUGCCGCGUGCCCCGCGGGGGAGGAGCCCGGCCCGUGCACUGAUGAUGUCAAUAGGAAGGUCCAUCCCUGCAGGACAUGGGGCCCCUGUAUAUAAAUUUCCCACACUGGGGGGGGGGGGGGUGAAACCUUCGCCAACUUUAUGACAGACAUUUUAAUUCCUCAUUAUUUUCGAGAGCUCUAUUUGCUGUCAGUGAAUGGAACAUUAAUAGUCCUGAUCACACAGCAGAGGGGUUGUAACAUUGUAUCUGGAAUGAGCAAAGCAAAUCCUUUGCACAAUCUCCCAGCUGUAUGAGCAGGACCGGGUCAGUUUCUUAGUAAGUUGUUGUGUUGGGUUCCGGGGUCAUCUGUACAUACGGGUCAUAAGAUGAAGUGACGCAGCACAAUGGCCUCUCCUCUAUGUACUCCACGCAGGGUCAUCCCUCAAGUGCCUUGUCCUCAGGACACCGCCCCUCAUCUGGGAUAAUCUGGUACUACAGUGGGGUCAACUACAUUGGGGUCAG